CAUUCUAAGUGAAGAGAUAAAAGAUAUCCCGGGAUUACCAUAUUGGUAGUAAAAUGCAUGCCUCCAAACAUGUUUGCUGAUCAGUUCUGAAGUGGAGGAAUUAAAUCUAGAAGUUUUUUUUUAACAGACCAGGUAAAAUAUUUACAGAACUUACAGUGUAGACUGUGAUGAGAUUCAGUGGUCGUAAUGGCAGAUAAUUGCCGGAUGCACCCGCCGCGGAAUAUGGAGUUUGAAUCUGAGGACUUGAAACAGAAAGCAGAAAAUGAAUUUCUAAUCAAAAUAGGAGCAAAGGAAGAGGAGUUUGACUGGCACCCAGAUAUCCUGUACAGAAGACCAGAACGUCCCAGGUCCAGCAUUAGUCUGGAUUAUCCCCUAGAUCUCAAAUUAGGUAGACCCAAAACGGCAGGGACCAUUCAAAACAGAAACCCUUGGGCGUGUAAUAAUCAGGCACUGAGACAAAUGACUCUGGUGUCUCGCCAUGGUCCACGUCAUAGGUUUCUGAACAAAGCCCAGUUCUCCACUACUUAUGUGACCUACGUCCCUAUCAGGAUUUAAGGAGGAUUUUAUUAGAAUAAGUUAUGCUAGUCGCAUCCUUACAUUUUGUUUCGAGAUACAUUGGCAACCAGUGUGACAAAACGAUAUGUUUCGCCUGAAUGUUUUGAAAAUUAAGUUAUUGCAUAACUUCUAAAAGACAGGCUA